ACUAACAAGACCGGUGUGAGUAGUAAAGAGGGGAACAGGAGAAAAGAAUAGAAGAAUUUGUCAAUAUAUAUAUGUGCAAACAGAUUUUGAAUGUCAAAGCACAAUUUCUCAAUCAAGUUCUCUAUGGAGUUCAUAAAAGUAUUGGCUCUUCCAAUUCUUGUUAUUGUUUUCUUGUUCUGGUUUACUAGAAGCCAAUGCCAUCCUUUAGACCCUCUUAGCCCUACUGAGAUCAACAAUAUUAGAGUCAUUAUUCAAAAGUCUCAUUUUAGGUCCCUCUCCAAUUUGACAUUUCACUUUGUUGAUCUUCAAGAGCCUGAAAAAAAGGAUGUCCUUCAUUGGAUGUCCUUGCAUAAGCCUAAAAGUGUUGUUUUUCCUUAUCGUCGAGCAAGGGUUGUUGUUCGUGCAAAUGGUGAGACUUAUGAAGUUGUAGUGGACUUGUCCACUCGCGCUAUCAUAUCAGAGAAUGUGUAUACUGGCCACGGUUUCCCUCCAAUUACUCUUGAUGACAUUAUACGAUCCAUCAGGCUGACAUUGAUGAAUCGUCAAUUUCAACGUUCAAUUUUGAGAAGGGGUUUGAAUAUAUCAGAAGUCAGUUGCAUACCACAACCAGUUGGAUGGUUCGGGGAGCCAAAGACACGAAGAGUUCUUAACGUUGCAUGUUUUUAUCGAGGAGGGAUAACUAAUUUUUGGGCAAGGCCAAUUGAAGGGAUCACUACACUCAUAGAUGUUGAAUCCAUGAAGAUAAUCAAAUACAUAGAUAGAUUCAGAGUCCCCUUGCCUAAAGCUAAGACUGCUGAUUUCGAGUCAUCGAGUCAGGGGUCAGUGUCUUCCAAUGACACUGACAUCAGCAGGAGGAUUAUCAUCAAAGGCAAUGAAGUUAAAUGGGGUAAUUGGGAUUUUCACGUUGGAUUCAACACGAGGGCAGGAAUGAUCGUGUCUACAGCUUCUAUAUUCGAUAGUACAACAAAUAAAUAUCGACCUGUGCUCUAUAGAGGUCAUGUAUCAGAGACAUUUGUGCCUUACAUGGAUCCUACAUUAGAAUGGUACUACAGGACUUUCCUGGAUAUUGGUGAAUUUGGUUUUGGAAGGUUUGGUAGUAGUCUUGUCCCGUUGCUAGAUUGUCCGAGCAAUGCAGUGUAUAUGCUUGGAUAUAUGGCUGAUUCAAAAGGAGGGGUAGUGCAAGUACCCAACGCGAUUUGCAUAUUUGAACGAUAUGUUGGUGAUGCUGCUUGGAGGCAUUCAGAAAAUGUUGUGCUGGGAAAUACAAACACUAAGGGACAACAAGAAGUUAAUUUGGUUGUUAGAAUGUUAGCAACAGUGGGAAAUUAUGAUUAUACACUUGAUUGGGAGUUCAAACAAAGUGGAACUAUCAGAGUUGGAGUAAGUUUAACCGGAGUUAUGGAGAUGAAGGCUGUGAAAUAUACGAAUGAUAAUCAAAUAACAGAGGAUGUUUACGGGACUCUUGUGGCAGAAAACACAAUUGCGGUGAACCAUGAUCAUUUCCUUACUUACUAUCUUGAUCUUGAUGUUGAUGGUACUGAUAAUUCAUUUAUAAAAUCCAAAUUGAUAACUACGACUAUGAUGGAGCGAAACGUUUCACCUAGGAAGAGUUAUUGGAAAGUUGUUAAAGAAACUAUGAAAACAGAAAGUGAGGCUAAGACAAACUUAGGACUAGAACCAGUUGAAUUGUUGAUUGUAAAUUCAAAUAAGAAGACAAAAGUUGGAAAUGAUGUGUCUUAUCGGCUAAUACCAAGUCGACCAGCCAUAUCCUUGCUAUCGGAUGAUGACUAUCCUCAACGUCGAGCAGCUUAUACUAAGUAUCAAUUAUGGGUGACGCCGUAUAACAAAUCAGAAAGAUGGGCAGGAGGGUUCUAUGCUGAUAGGAGUCACGGUGAUGAUGGGCUAGCAAUAUGGAGCCUCAGGAAUAGGACUAUCAAAAAUAAGGAUAUUGUGCUUUGGUACACUGUUGGGUUGCAUCAUGUGCCGUGCCAAGAAGAUUUUCCUGUAAUGCCUUCUAUUUAUGAGGGUUUUGAGCUCCGACCAACAAACUUUUUUCAAAGAAAUCCAUUGCUGAAACAAUGAUAUGUGAAAUUCAAGUUUGUCUAAUAAACAAGGAACAUAAAGUUAUGUAUGGAGAACAAAAGUUGAUUU